AUGUCUCGGGACCGGUUCCGGAGCCGCGGCGGCGGCGGCGGCGGGGCUUCCGGCCGCGGUGGCCUCCACGACUUCCGCUCCCCGCCGCCCGGCAUGGGCCUCAAUCAGACCCGGGGACCCAUGGGGCCCGGCCCGGGCCAGGGCGGCCCCAAGCCCCCGAUCCCGCCACCACCUCCGCACCAGCAACAGCAGCAGCAGCCGCCGCCGCUUCAGCCGCCGCCACAGCAGCCGCCGCCGCUUCAGCCGCCGCCACAGCAGCCGCCGCCGCCGCGGGACUCGUCCAAGCCUGUGGGUCCUCAGGGGCCCGGCCCGGCGCCGGGAGUGGGCAGCGCGCCGCCGGCCUCCGGCUUGGCACCGCCCGCGACUCCUCCGACUUCGGGGGCCCCACCGACCCCGCCGCCCGCGCCGCCGAGCAGCGGGGCCCCCACCACCCCGCCCCAGGCCGGGGGCCCGCCGCCUCCGUCCGCAGGGGGCCCGGGCCCGGCGCCUAAACAGGGCCCAGGCCCCGGAGGCCCGAAAGGCGGCAAAAUGCCGGGCGGGCCGAAGCCCGGCGGCGGCCCGGGCCUGAGUACCCCCGGCGGCCACCCCAAGCCGCCGCACCGGGGCGGGGGGGGGGGGGGGGAGCCGCGUGGAGGGCGGCAGCACCACCCGCCCUACCACCAGCAGCACCGCCAGGGGCCCCCGCCCCCGCCCCCGCCCCCGCCCGGCGGGCCCUGCGGGCCCUGCGGCCGCAGCGAGGAGAAGGUCUCCGACUCGGAGGGGUUCAAAGCCAACUUGUCGCUCCUGAGGAGGCCGGGAGAGAAAACCUGCACGCAGCGCUGCCGGUUGUUUGUAGGGAAUCUACCUGCUGACAUCACGGAGGAUGAAUUCAAAAGACCCUUUGCUAAAUACGGAGAACCAGGAGAAGUUUUUAUCAACAAAGGCAAAGGAUUUGGGUUUAUUGAACUUGAAUCUAGGGCAUUGGCUGAAAUUGCCAAAGCUGAACUGGAUGAUACACCCAUGAGGGGUAGGCAGCUUCGGGGUCGCUUUGCCACACAUGCUGCUGCCCUGUCCGUGCGAAAUUUUCUUUCACCUUAUGUUUCCAAUGAACUGUUGGAAGAAGAAGCCUUUAGCCAAUUUGGUCCUAUUGAGAGGGCUGUCGUAAUCGUGGAUGAUCGUGGGAGAUCUACAGGGAAAGGCACUGUUGAAUUUGCUUCUGAACCAGCGGCAAGAAAAGCAUUUGAAAGAUGCAGCGAAGGUGUUUUCUUACUGACAACAACACCUCGUCCAGUCGUUGUGGAACCUCUUGAACAAUUAGAUGAUGAACAUGGCCUUCCUGAAAAACUUGCACAGAAGAAUCCAAUGUAUCAAAAGGAGAGAGAAACACCUCCUCGUUUUGCCCAGCAUGGCACAUUUGAGUAUGAAUAUUCUCAGCGAUGGAAGUCCCUGGAUGAAAUGGAAAAACAGCAAAGGGAACAAGUUGAAAAAAACAUGAAAGAUGCGAAAGACAAAUUGGAAAGUGAAAUGGAAGAUGCCUAUCAUGAGCAUCAGGCAAAUCUUUUGCGUCAAGAUCUGAUGAGACGCCAGGAAGAAUUAAGACGCAUGGAAGAACUUCACAAUCAAGAAAUGCAGAAACGUAAAGAAAUGCAACUAAGGCAAGAAGAAGAACGGCGUAGAAGGGAAGAAGAGAUGAUGAUUUGGCAGCGUGAGAUGGAAGAACAAAUGAGACACCAAAGAGAGGAAAGUUAUAGCCGGAUGGGCUACAUGGAUCCAAGAGAAAGAGACAUGAGAAUGGGUGGUGGAGGAGCAAUGAACAUGGGAGAUCCCUAUGGUUCAGGAGGCCAGAAAUUUCCACCUCUAGGUGGUGGUGGUGGCAUAGGUUAUGAAGCUAAUCCUGGAGUCCCACCAGCAACCAUGAGUGGUUCCAUGAUGGGAAGCGACAUGCGUACUGAGCGCUUUGGGCAGGGAGGUGCGGGACCUGUGGGUGGACAGGGUCCUAGAGGAAUGGGGCCUGGAACUCCAGCAGGAUAUGGUAGAGGGAGAGAAGAGUAUGAAGGCCCAAACAAAAAGCCCCGAUUUUAGAUGUGAUAUCUAGGUUUUCAUUCCAGUUUGUUUUUGUCUUUUCUUGUUUAGAUACCAAUCUUUUAAAUUCUUGCAUUUUAGUAAGAAAGCUACCUUUUUAUGGAUGUUAGCAGUUUAUUGACCUAAUAUUUGUAAAUGGUCUGUUUGGGCAGGUAAAAUUAUGUAAUGCAGUGUUUCAAACAGGGGAAUUUUUUUCCUUUUUAUUUCUUUUUUUUUUUUUUAACUGUAUAAAGUCCCUCAAGUUAUGGCAGUGUACCUUGUGCCACUGAAUUUCCAAAGUGUACCAAUUUUUUUUUACUGUGCUUCAAAUAAAUAGAAAAAAUAGUUAUA